GUAAGAAGAACAAACUGAAAUCAUCUUGAAAAUAACAUUUACGCGUCCAUUUACAUACGGGAUCCAUCAACACAGCUAGGGUUUAUUUCUUCUGCGAUUAGUCCAGGGGGGGCUCUGCCUUGGUCGAAGAAUCACGAAUCUCGAUACGCAAGAAAGCAUGUACGGAUCAAGAGGGUAAAUUCGAAUUCCUUAAAUUCAUGGUCGAUGUUUGUUGUUUUUGUAAUCGCUUGUUUUGUAAUCCCUUGUUUAUUUUUCGUUUGAUUGAUGAUGAUUUCGGCUUGAACGCUAUUAGUUAUGAUUUUGUGUGAUUUCUUGGAUGGAGUUAGGGUUUUAUUUUUUUGUAUGAUUGUCGAUUGAGAAAGAUAAAACUAACAACUGGAAAAUAAUCUAGGAAAGGUUACCUAUUGAUAAAAAAAAAAGAUUGAAACUUUAGGUUAAAUUAAUUAGAGAAAUUUCCAGGCGUUCUCUGUGUUCAUGUACUGACACACAGCUGCAUGUUAGAUAAGUUUGCAAAUAAUUUUUUUUUUUUUAAAAAAAAGGUGGAAAAAGAAAAAGAAAAAUGAUCUUAAUACCCAAUCCAACAGGUUCAUUUCUUAGAUUAAACGUAAUAUCUUUGAGGUUAGAGUGGACCAAUGUGAAAUCAAACCAUCGAUUUUUGGUAGUGAAUUUAAUGGUACAUAGUAAUUGUUUAGAGAUAUGGUCUUUGCUUUUAGGAAAACCCUAUGGAAUAUAGGAACCCAGAUUAGUUUAUAGAAAAGAAAACGUGAUUUAUUUAGUUGGAAGUGCAUUGUCGAAUCUUUACAUGGAUAAUAGGUUUGCCAACAAAGAAUUAACAAUACAAAAAAUAAUUUCUGUUUUCCUUUGUAAAUUGUUGUGUUUAGAUUAUCAGUUAAUGUAUCCCAUCUCUGUGUUGCAUUGCUUUUGGUUUUUCUGUGUUUAUUGUUUUUUUUUUCUUGGUGGGGGGUUAAUAUGAAUGGUUAUAUGCUGUUAGAGUAAAAAAGUAGGGGUAAA